AUCUAUAAUUGUACUUAAGAAUGUCUUCUAGUUCUGAUUCUAACGACGUACAGGAAUCUAUAAAACAUGGAUUUACAACUAUCGGUGCCGGGCUCCCGGACGGACACGGCCCCCCGCCCCCGGCCCGCAGCCGUCUGGUCAUGCUGCCUAAAGUGGAGAGCGAAGCGCUGGGUCUCGCCCGAUCGCAUGGGGAACAGGGGCCACUGCCGGAAAACAUGCAAGUGUCUCAAUUUAAAAUGGUGAAUUAUUCUUACGAUGAAGAUCUCGAAGAGCUCUGUCCAGUCUGUGGAGAUAAAGUGUCCGGGUACCAUUAUGGGCUUCUCACCUGUGAGAGUUGCAAGGGCUUUUUUAAACGAACAGUCCAGAAUAACAAAAGAUAUACAUGCAUAGAGAAUCAGAACUGUCAGAUUGACAAAACCCAGAGAAAGCGUUGCCCUUACUGCCGAUUUCAAAAAUGUCUAAGUGUCGGAAUGAAGUUAGAAGCUGUAAGGGCUGACCGAAUGCGUGGGGGAAGAAAUAAGUUUGGACCGAUGUACAAGAGAGACAGGGCUCUGAAACAACAGAAGAAAGCUCUGAUCCGAGCAAAUGGACUCAAACUGGAAGCCAUGACGCAAGUGAUCCAAGCGAUGCCCACCGACCUGACAAUAUCUUCUGCAAUUCAGAAUAUCCACUCUGCCUCCAAAGGCCUACCUCUGAACCAUACUGCCUUGCCUCCUACGGACUAUGACAGAAGUCCCUUUGUCACCUCUCCUAUUAGUAUGACAAUGCCACCUCAUGGCAGCCUGCAAGGUUACCAAGCCUAUGGACACUUUCCAAGCCGAGCCAUCAAGUCUGAGUACCCUGACCCUUACACUAGCUCUCCAGAGUCAAUAAUGGGCUACUCCUACAUGGAUAGUUACCAGACCAGUUCUCCCGCAAGUAUCCCUCAUCUGAUACUGGAACUCUUGAAGUGUGAGCCUGAUGAGCCUCAGGUCCAGGCAAAAAUCAUGGCCUAUUUGCAGCAAGAACAAGCCAACAGAAGCAAACAUGAAAAGCUCAACACCUUCGGGCUUAUGUGUAAAAUGGCCGACCAAACCCUCUUCUCCAUUGUUGAGUGGGCCAGGAGUAGCAUCUUUUUCAGAGAACUGAAGGUUGAUGACCAAAUGAAGCUACUUCAGAACUGCUGGAGUGAACUCUUAAUUCUCGAUCACAUUUACCGACAGGUGGUACAUGGGAAAGAAGGUUCAAUCUUUCUAGUUACUGGGCAACAAGUGGAUUAUGCAGUGAUCGCCGCCCAGGCUGGGGCCACCUUAAAUAGCCUCAUGAGCCAUGCCCAGGAGCUAGUGGCAAAACUCCGUUCUCUGCAAUUCGACCUGCGAGAGUUCGUGUGUCUGAAAUUCCUGGUGCUCUUUAGCUUAGAUGUUAAAAACCUUGAGAACUUCCAGCUGGUGGAAGGGGUGCAGGAGCAAGUGAAUGCUGCUUUGCUGGAUUACAUAAUGUGCAACUACCCCCAGCAGACAGACAAGUUUGGGCAGUUGCUCCUUCGGCUCCCAGAGAUCCGGGCCAUCAGCAUGCAGGCCGAAGAAUACCUCUACUACAAACACCUGAACGGGGAUGUGCCCUGUAAUAACCUGCUCAUCGAAAUGCUGCACGCCAAGAGAGCGUAAAAUCCGGCAUCCUCUCAGCGCUUCUGCUUUCAAAAGAGAACGAAAGACAGGGAGAGAGGGAGGGAGAGAGGAAGAAGGAAAGUCAUACUCUGAUUGCUCCAAGCAACGCGGAUGAAAAACUUGGUUUUAAGACGUUGAAAAGUGGUAGAAUAAUCCAAUACUUAAUAGUCAGUAAGUGAUGUAUCAGGGUAUUUGUAUUGCAAACUGUGAAUCAAUCCCCAAUGAAUCCACAAGGGACCUUGUGAUGGGAUGGAA